AUGUCUAAUCCAUCUAUUCCGCCUAAACCACCGGAUCCGAAUUGCUCAGAUCCUAACAUUAUUUCUUCUCCAGCUGCUUAUGUCGAAAUUCAAAAUGACUUAGAAGGUUCAUUUAAAAAACCAUGGCAGUCAUUAUCGCAAGAAAUUUUUGAUGACAACUUCAAAAUUAUUUCCAAUAAAAAGAAAAGGAAACAUAAAACGAAAGAAAGGAAGAAAGAAGAACAUGCUAAUCGGGUUGACUUAAAUAGAAAAAUUUCAGUUUUUUCCACCAAUUCUUCAUUCUCAGAAUCGGAUUGCGAUAAUGGUAAUAUUUCUUCAUCUAAAAUUAAAAUUAUGGGAUCUAACUCUAACCAAGGUAACAUAUCAGGACAAAAUGUUUAUGAAUCUCCCAUGUCUUUAUCAUCUAAUAUUGCGUGUACUCAAUCAUCUUUAAUCCCCCUUUCUCAAUCAUCUGACAUUCCUCUACCACAAACAUCAAAUUCUGCCUAUAGUCAUAUCUCUUCUAAAUCUCUUAACACAAGUAUAAAUGGGGAUAAUGCAAAAACAGAUUCUCAAAAAUUUCAAUCUCUUCGCCCUUAUAAUUCUACAGAUUCGGGUCCUUUUAUCGUGCAUGUUCAAGUAAAAGAAGAUUCUCCUAAUUCUGAUAAGACUUUAAAUGCUAUUUCUUUUGGUCACUUUUUGAAAAAAUUAAAUAUUCAAAAUAUAGUUAAUGGAGGCCUAAAACGUAUCGGGAGGAAUAGAAUUACAAUUGAAUUCUCUAAAUUUAUUGAUGCAAAUCUAUUUUUAGAAAAUCCCUCUGUAAAUGAUAAAUAUAAAACGUUUAUUCCAUCCUUCCACGUAUCUCGUAUGGGUGUUAUAAAAGGUGUACCAAAAGAUUGGACACCAGAAGAUAUUAUUUCUGAAUUAUCUACGUAUCCAAACACUAUUCCUAUAUUAAAAAUCCUUCAAUGGAAUUGUAGAAGCAUUUUUGAUAAACGCACUGAAAUAAUUUAUCUAUUAAAAAAAUACAAUGUUUGUGUCGCUGCUAUUUCAGAGACAUGGCUGAAACCGGAUUCCAACAUCAGAAUCCCUGGUUUUUGUUGUGUUAGAAAUGACAGAUCUGAUGGUUAUGCCGGAUGUGCUUUACUUAUAAAGAAUAAUAUCGCUUAUACCAUUGUAGAUAUUCAUGAUGAAAUAUUUGACUUCAAUAUAGUAUCAGUAAGAAUUCAAAAUAUUACUUUUGUUUCUAUUUAUGUUCCCUCCCCGUCUGUCCAUACGUUUCGCAGAAUAAAAUCUUUAAUAGCCUCGUUACCCAAACCAUUUUUAAUUCUUGGUGAUUUUAAUUGCCAUCAUUAUUUAUGGGGUGAUAAUUGUGAUAGAUUCGGCAGUUUAUUAGUUGAAAUAUUUGACGAACUUAACAUUGGCGUCCUUAAUACUGGUAAAAUCACCAAACGCUCUCGUCCCAAUGAGUCUAGAAGUGCUGUAGAUUUAUCAAUUUGUACCCCUGAUUUAACCUCUCUUUUAAAUUGGACAGUUUUAGAUAGCUCUCACGGCAGUGAUCAUUUUCCUAUUCUGAUUUCCUUUCCAAACAAAGAAUCGGCAAAAAUUAACAAAAAACCUUGUAUUAAAUACAAAUUAGACAGAGCAGACUGGAACUUGUAUAAUAGUAUUCUUUACAAUGAAAUUCUAAAAAUUGCUCCUAUUUCUGAAAAUAAUUUAAUUUCAAUUGUUGAAGCAUUUACAAACGCAAUUAUAAAUGCAGCAGACCAAACAAUUCCUAUUAAAUCUUUAAAUAAUAAAUGUAAGCCCUCCCCUCCAUGGUGGGAUUCUGAAUGUACUGAGGCCAUUCAUAAUAGGAAAAAAGCCGAAAAACAAUAUAAAUUAGACAUGAGUUCAGAAAACUAUUCACACCUUCAACGUAUACAAGAAGUAACUAAAAAUACUCUUCGCGCCAAAAAACAAACAAGUUGGCAUGCCUUUUGUUCUUCAAUAUCUCCCUCAAUUCCUUCAUCAGUUGUUUGGCGUAAUAUAAGAAAAUUUCGUUAUUGUUUUUCAUCUUGUUCUUACAGUGGUGCCAUUCCCUCUCAAUCAAUAAAUUCUUUUCUUGACAAACUUGCCCCCUCUUCUGCUCCUUCAAGAGAGGAGCUACCUCAAAGUAUUCCAUGUGAACCUUUUUUUGAUCCCUUAGAACGUCCAUUCUCUCUAAAUGAAUUAAAGCUUGUCCUUUCUCACGUCCAUGAUUCGGCACCUGGUCUAGACGGUAUUCCGUAUUCACUACUAGCCAAAUGUAACGAUCAAAUUUUAACCUUCUAUUUAAAUAUCAUUAACGCUUUGUUUGACAUAGGUUUUGUUCCUGACUCUUGGCGGACUCAAGUAAUUCUUCCUGUCUUGAAACCUAACAAAAACCCUAACGAUGGCUCUUCCUAUCGACCGAUUGCUCUAUCCUCAACUUUAAUUAAAACCUUUGAACACAUGAUCAAGAAUCGUCUUGAAUGGUAUGUAGAAAGUCAUGGAUUAUUAUCAAAUACUCAAUAUGGAUUCAGAAAAGGUAAAAGCACAUAUGACAGUCUUUCAAUCUUCACCACAGAUAUUAGACUAGCAUUUUCAAGAAAUGAAUCGGUCCUUGCUGCUUUUCUUGACAUUUCUUCUGCUUACGAUAAUGUUAGACUUAACAUCCUUAGAGAAAAGAUGUUCAAGCUUAAUAUAUCCAAAAAACUUACAAAUUUGAUUAUCAAUUUAUUUCUAGAUCGAUAUAUACAUAUUAAAUUUGAUGAUGAUUUAAAAUAUACUCGCAAGGUUUUCAAAGGUCUUCCGCAAGGUUCGGUUUUAAGUCCUUUAUUAUACAAUAUUUAUACGUCAGAUUUAGACCAGUCCAUUUCAAAGUGUAGAAUUUUGCAAUACGCUGAUGAUAUCUUAGUUUAUGUAAAUGAUAAAUGUAUAGAAUCCUGUGCUAAUGCGAUAGAACAAGAUCUCCUCUCUAUGGCCACGUGGUUAGUUGAUCAUGGACUUGAACUUUCCCCAAGUAAAAGUAAUACAGUAAUUUUUUCCCGCAAAAGAGUUUUACCAGAAAUACAGGUUCGCCUUCUUAAUUAUCCGCUCAAAAAUAUUCACCAAGUUAAAUUUCUUGGUGUAAUUCUUGAUAAUAAAUUAUCCGGUAUGCCUCAUAUCAUUUAUACCCAAAAAAAAUGCGAAAAAAAUAUAAACAUUCUAAGAGCUUUGUGCGGAGUAUGGUGGGGCGCCCAUCCAUAUUCUUUAAAAUUAAUUUAUAAUGCAAUUAUAAGAAGUCGAUUAGAUUAUGCCUCAUUUCUUCUUGUACCUGCUAAUAAGAAAGGAUUGAAAAUUUUAGAUAUCGUUCAACACAAGUCUUUAAGAUUAAUUUUAGGCGCUAUGAAUUCAUCGCCUAUCAAUGCCCUGCAAAUUGAAUGCGGUGAUCCUCCGCUUUCUAUUAGACGACAAUAUUUAUCAGAUGCUUUCUUUUUUCGUGUUCUUCAAUUUUCCAAUCAUCCACUAAUCCCUAAAAUUCGUUUACUUUCUCAUUACAUAUUAAUUAAUUUAAGAAAAUACUGGCGUAAUAAAGAAACACCUAAUCUAGUAAAAAGCUAUGAACAAUAUAAUUCCUUCCUAGAUCCAAUUCAUAGGUCGGUGACUCUGCCUCUUUUCUCCAAUUCGUUUGAUGUUGCACUUUACAAACCCAAUGUUAUAUUAGAUAUAGGAUUAAAUAAAUUUUCUAUUGAAUCAAAUAAAAAAUUUAUGUUUGCGUUGGACAAGAAUUUUCCAGGUUAUCAUUAUAUUUUUACAGACGCUUCUAAAAUUAACUCUAAAGGUUGUACUGGCUACGCAAUAUACCAUCAAAAUUGGAGAAUAGUUCAAAAAAUGAAAAGUCCUCCCGAAUCUUCAGUUUUUACAGGAGAAAUGUUAGCCAUUUUACAAGCAAUAAAAUAUUGCUAUAGUUUUAAAUUAAAAUCAAGCGUGAUAUUUUCAGAUUCUCUUAGUUCUUUACAGGCAUUGUUAUGUAAUCCUUUCUAUGACAUUUCCCGCAAUCCUUUGAUAUUUGAAAUUAAGAAACUUCUAUUCUUAUACCAAUUUCAAAACAUCAACAUUUCUCUUGUUUGGAUUCCUAGUCAUAUUGGUAUAUCUGGUAAUGAAUAUGCUGACAAACUUGCUAAACAAGCUAUUGUCUGUGGGGACACAUUCCUAUUUAAAAAUUAUUGCUAUGACCUUAUAAGGAAUACGAAAUUAUUGUAUAGAAAUAGGUGGUCAAACCAUUGGGACAAAACCAAAACGACAAAAGGCUGUCAAUAUGCUAAAAUUCAACCCUCCAUUCCUUCUAAGCCUUGGUUUUAUAAAUUAACCUUAAAUAAGAAACAUACAUCAAUGUUAUGUAGAAUGCGCUUGGGUCACUGUUGUAAUUCGGUUCACCUUGCUAGGCUUCAUAUUAAAAAUACUUCUAUAUGUGAGUGUGGUUUAGAUAUUGGUGACCUCAACCAUAUAUUCUUCUCAUGUCCUUUAUAUGAUCACACUUCAUUAUUUAACACUUUGGUAAAACUGAAAAUACCUUUACCUACAGAAAUUCGUUCUCUUUUAAUUUAUUCUAAAAAAAGUAAAAAUGUUUUCAAUUGCCUUAUGGAAUAUUUAGAUUUAAAUAAUAUUAAGUUAUAA